CUUGCUGCUUUCCCCUCAACCAUGGAGCACAGGCGCACGGACAGUUAACAGCUUACACCUCUCUACAAGGCUGGCUGAGGAAGUGCAGGUGUCAUGGUGAUGCUGAAUCGCUUGAGUGUCGAAGACCCAGAUGAUGGCUCUCCUCUGCUGUCUGAGGCUGCGGAGGCUGCAGCACCGAUGCCUGACAUUCACAGACAACAAGUGGUCACAAAGACAGACUCCAAGGGAUUUUUCCUGUGCAGGAGAGGGAACCUUGCCUUUAGUCUGGUACUGCUGAUUGGAUGCUACUCGGCUAUUCUAAUUCCAGCAUAUUUCCCCUUGAAUAAAUUGUCAGCUGUCAGCGACGACUACCAACAUCCCAAAGAUCUGGCCUUGCUAAACCGGUCGGCCUCCCUGCUGUCAGGCCCCUGUCAGCCUCACUGGUGUCUGAACCACCUCAAGCCCCUGUCCUGUUCUGCAGGCCUCCAGGACAUCCCUGUGUUUGUGCAGCAGGACAGGUCUGUGCCCUGGGAUCUGCCCCCUCCUCUGGGGCUUCAGGGUAGUAAAGAACAUCUCACCCUGGCUCUUGCCUCCCUGCCUCAGCCUGGUUUGCCUCCAUCACUGAAGAGAGAGGGCAGCUGCAGGAGAUGUGUGGUAGUGGGCAGCGGAGGGGUUCUUCACGGGAGCCAUCUUGGAUCCCAUAUAGACCAGUAUGACAUCAUUAUCAGGCUGAAUAAUGCUCCAGUGACUGGCUUUGAAAGAGAUGCUGGUUCCCACACCACCAUCCGCAUGAUGUAUCCAGAGGGAGCACCUCACUCUGCAAAUGAGUACAAAAAUACCACUAUGGUUGCUCUGGUGGUCUUUAAGAGCCUGGAUCUGGACUGGCUCACUUCUGUCAUCAACAAACAACCUCUGAGUUUCUGGUCCAAAUUGUGGUUCUGGAGGGAGGUGGUGGAUGAUAUUCCCUUAAGACCAGAGAACUUCCGGAUCCUCCAUCCAGAGAUUAUUCAUAAGACUGGACAAGUCUUACAGAAAUAUGCUCUGAAACAGGGAAAUAUGGUUCCAACACUAGGUGCCAGUGCUGUGGUGAUGGCUUUGCAGCUGUGUGACCAGGUGAGCCUGGCAGGAUUUGGCUAUGAUAUGGAGCAUCCAGAGGCUAGACUUCACUACUAUGAAACCAUACACAUGGAUGCUAUGAAGUCUCAAGUGGUGCAUGACGUCAGUGCCGAGAAACUCUUCUUGAGGGAUCUGGUGGCUGCAGGAGCCGUGACAGAUCUCACAGGAGCGUUAUGAUUCUCAAGGCCAGAGACUGAUAAUGCAAUGAACUCUACAUGCACUCCUCCCUCUCAUUGUGAGCCUGUAUGGCGCCCUCCAUAAGUGAGUCCUGCUGGAAAGAAAAACAUACGGAGCACAGUCUGACCUUUACAAUGCACACCAGAGUGCCUGAGCGAGCAAAUUAAAAGCAUAAAGGUUAGACAAGCUCCUGAAAGUAGAGACUAACCUAUAGGCAACUUUCCUUUGAAUUUGAUGAGCUUAGUACAUCACCAGCUGUUACAAGGUUAGUAAUUGUCAGAUGACUGAAUAAUUACGCCAUCACACAUUAACACACACUCUGCGACUGGCUGGGUUUAGUGAGAUGGAGGCAAUGGUCAGUGGUUCAAACAGUAGUAUUUGAAUUCUGUGUUUUACAGUUGUUCAAUAAACAAA